UUUUUGAAACUGCAACACUGCAGAUAUUAUAAAAUGGCGGAACAUUUCAGUGAACAAACAAAAAAGUAUAGAUAGCUUCACUUACGCGCGUGCUAUAAACAUAAAUUUUUCAGUAAAUAUUUAAUAGCUAAUGCUUUUUCUAUCUUGAUGUGUAUGAAUUUGGUUAAUAUGAAACAGGAGAUAAACAGUAAAAUUUAUGAAAUAGUAUAAAAAUAUAUCUGGGGGUGCUCUCUUCAAAUGCAUGCUGUUUUAGCUGGAAAUAAUAUAUAAUUAAAAAUUAAUAUUGCGGCAAUGAAUCUACUUUAGUAUCGGGAUUCGUUUGUUUUUAUGUAACUACUUUGUGAUGGAUCCUAACUCUAGUCCUUGGUCUUACGCGUACAACAGAAUAGUUCCUUCUGCUUCAACUAGUAAUUCAACAGAGGAGUUUCAGCACCCGCAUUUAGCCUCCAUAACUGCAGCAGGACAAAGUGCUCAAUCACUACUCUUGCAAGCAGCACACACAAAUAUUGCUGCCAGCUUUAACGCUGCAACGGGUGGUGGAAGUUUUGUUUCACCUUCUCCAAUAAGCAGUUAUAAUCCAGUGUUUCAGCAAAUUUACCAUCAUGCAGCUGCUGCAACUGUUCAACCAAAACCCGCACAUUAUGCCUCUACAGCAGUUAAUACUCCUCAUAGACAAUUACAAAUAACCUCUUUGGACAAACAGCUCACCACUUUUCAAAACCAAACAGCUGCUGCUUCUUCAGUGUCGUCUACUGUUGUGAAUAAUGUUUCAUCAAAUUACUAUGGCGAUAAUUCAUCUUCAAGUGGUGCCUCUCCCUCGCCAACAACAGCAACACCCACAACUACCACAUUAAGUUGGAAUACACCCAUGAUUUCAAAUACUUUUAUUGCAAUGCAACAGCAUCAACAUCAGCAGCAAUUAAAUCUUGCAACCGAAAAAGUGCUAGUAAAGCAAGAAAAUCUUCAAACAAAAGCUGAAGUCAAAGAUUAUAAUGAUGUCAUUUACUUGAGUAACCUUCAUCAGCAUAAUAAUGAGGAAUCGACAAAUACAUCAAUCGGUUCUAAUCCGUCAAAUCAGAGUGAUAUCAAUACUUAUUAUACAAUUGAUGGUAAAAAUUAUAGGAUUUUACGUAAACAACAGCAACAACAUAUACAAUUAAACCAAAACAAUAGCACUCCUAUAUAUCCUAUUUACGCAAGCCCUUCACUUAGUUCAGCUGGCGGUUCUCCAGCAGCAGUUUCUUCUCUUCAAGCUACAAAUACACCAUCACAAGUAAUAGUUUAUAAAACAAAUAUAAAUAAUAAUGAUACUAGAGCAGAAUCGCCUCUAAGCCCAAAUGCUGCAAGCGCUGGCUCGCCUGUACCGUCUACAGUUGCCUAUUCAUCUGUGAUACAAUACACACUUCAACAACAACAAAUGCAAAGACAACAAAACUCCAGUUGUUGGGGAAAAAUGGAAAAUUCACCACAUAUUGAUGAUGUCAAAAAUGUAUUGCAGUUACAAGUAAAACAAGAGAACCGUCAAUUAGGUUAUUUGAAUGACUCAAAUGCAAGCGAAAACAUAAUAUUUAAUUUGCCUCCUGGUUUGGAAAUUAAGCAAACUAUGUAUCACCCCAGCAGUACUAUAGCAAGUGCUUCAGUUUUGCAGCAUACUCAAAACCAGCAUCAUCAAAUACCAAACCAACAGGACCAUACACAUCAAGCAUAUGGGAAUAACGAUGAUCAAAAGAUUCGUCCAGAAGACAAACAGCGACGAGAGCACGUGGUAACUAAUAUGCUUAUGUCACCAACAAGUAGCAGUCAUAAUUCACAGGAGUCUUUACAACAAUCUUCAUCUUCUGCUACUUCAAGCAUUUUACCGUCACAGAUUCAAAUAAUGCCCAAGGUUGAGGAACAAUCUAAAACACCUCUGACAUCAAAAUCAACCAAAACACCUCGUAAGAGACAACCAAAAAAAACCUUAGUUGCAAAUGACUUUUGUUCAGUGCGUAGUUCACAAUUGGAAAACCCACAACACCAGCAACAACCCAGCUACUAUGAUUUUAAUAAUAAAUGGAAUUCUCAACUAAAAAUAGAAAAUAAUGUGACUUCAACGGUUACACAAGCAGCCACAAUUAGUAUACCAACAUAUGUAAAUCCAAAUUCUACGCAACUCCAACAAAACGUUACACAGCAUCAACAGCAUCAACAUCCACCUCAACAUCAAAUACCACUACCCGCACAUUUGCAAUCUUCGCAGGCACAUUCGCAUGCACAUUUAUCUGAUAUAUCUCCUUACUAUUCCACAUUUCCACAACAAAUCGGAACUCAGUAUACAACUUGUGUACAACAAACACAUGCGACAGGUGCAAUACAGCAUAGUUUAUACAAUCUAAACCAACAUGCACAAGCUGAGCAACAGCCGCAACAACAACAACAACAACAACAACAGCAGCAGCAGCAAAAUCAGGAAGAAAAAAAUCAAACACAACAAAUCUCUUUAGUAGAAACUACGUCUUCAAAUGAUGCUAGUAAUAAAGUGAUUGUACCAAAUAUUGAAGAAGAACUAGGAUUUCUUACUGAUGUUAUUCCAUCAAAAAAAAAUUUUGCAAAUACUAACAAACUUCCGAGUAAUGCCACUAAUUUUGGAUCCAAGAGUACAGAAAAAAAUUUGGUGAACAAUUUAAUAUCAACAACUUUUGCAGCUACCAAUAAUGGAAAUAGCAGUCUUUCAACUGCAGGUAAUAACAACUUCGUUGAGAAGAAAUCAGUUUGUGUUGGUACUUUAAUAGGUGAAAAGAAAACCCAGUUUAUGGAUAGUUAUUUAAGAUUUUUACAAGGAGAACGUGAUGAUUCACCACCACCAAUUGUAAAAACUGGUCGAAAAAUUGGUUAUCAAAAAACGGGAGCUGCAAGUAUAGGUUCUAAACGUAAAAAUGUACCUAAUGAAAAUUUUAUGCAAGGCAUUGAAAGUCAAGAACAGACAAUAAUAGGACUGACUUCAGGUGAUGACGGACAUAAAAUUAAAAUACUCUCGCAAACACAAAUAUUACCGAAGAAACGUCCACAAGCACAAAUUGCUGCAGCCGCUGCGGAGGCAUUAUCAAAUAUAUCUUCAAAUACUUCGGCGUCAGUAAUACAACAAGCAACAGAGCAGAUACAGCAGCAAGUACAACAAUCGCUACAAGAGCAAUCAUUCCGACCUUAUAGUCAACAGGAUAUACAUCAACAAUAUCCCUCCCAAAAGCAAGACUGCGGACAACUGGGCCUUGGAGUAGUUAACACAGAAACUAAUAGUAGUCAAGAUCCACUUUCAUUACCUCCCCGUCGUGAGCAAUGUUUACGUAAGGCCAAACAAACAAGUAUUCAUACUAUGAUGACGCAUUCAACUGGUGCCGGCAAUGAUGAUCAAUUAGCUGAGCCCGACGAGUUUGCAGAUUCGGAUACAGAUCCAGUGUGGACACCGCAGGAAGAGGAUAACGAAGAUGGUAAGGGUUACAAACGUAAAACUCUUCGACGAAGUAAAGGUCAAGCCAGAAAAAUUAAUUAUAAUUAUCAACAGCAACAACAAUUACAUAAUAAACAGUCAACUUUACAACCGCAAGAUUCACCGCAACGUGAAACUGAAGUUAUAAAAUGUGAGAGCUAUAUUCCCAAUCAAAAUUUGUUAAGUAGUACAACAUAUUCCAAUUCUGUUUCAAUGCCAACUGAUAACUUUAAGACUGGUGAUUUUAUCGUCUUACGUGCGGAUUUAGUUAACGAUUGGCCUAUAAUUUGGCAAGUUGAUUCCAAAUGUAUAUUACAAAAAUAUGAGCCAUUUUGUCAAAAUGGAAAAAUGUUUUAUAGAAACAUGUGCAAAUAUGCUUCUUGGAAUCUCGAGACAAAAAAGCUGUAUCUUAAAGCUCCUGUACGUAUUCAAAUUCAAUCCCAUACUGAAACGAUUGUUGAGUUUAUGCGUUCCGAGUUACUAGCAGAUGAUACCGAACAAUUCAUUGAAAAAAUUAUGGAAGAUUUUUUGUCAUAUCGUGACAAUUUUGAAAUAUAUAUACAAACAAUGAUAUCGCAAGUAUUAGACCCAAGUUUCUUCUCUGAAAUCACUAGAGAAAAAGAUGAGUAUUUUCUGGGAAGUGUUCGUGAAAUUGAUUCAAUAAUGGAAAAUUGUAAGAAGAAAUUACUUUCAAUCACACCUUGGACCCGUAGCAUUAUAGUUUCAAUUGAAACUUGGCCAAAAUGUCACGUUUUUACGGAAUGGGGACAAAAUAAUUUAGCGCAGAAGAAUUGCGGUGGUUGCCAUCAGCCAGGUAUAUCAGUACGUUUUUUAUUAUUUGGGCAUUCGUACAAUGCAAAUACAAUGCAACCAAUACCUUCUGACGUACGCAUAUCUUACGAAAAGGAUAUUUUACUAUGUCGAAUAUGCGCUGCACGAGCUGAUAUAUUUCAUAAAAUUGCACAUGAAAAGUAUAAUCUUUACAUAAAUUGUUCGAGACGAGUUGCUGAACAACAACAGGAAAAUCCCGGCAAAAGCUCAACAGAAAUACUUAAUGAUUUACUUGCGGAACAUAACUGGGUAGAUGAGUUAUUUCGGAACAUGCGUAACUCUUGGGCAGAAGUUGAAAGUUUGGAGCGUCAAAAACGUUUUCGUGAGGCACAGAACAAUAUCUGAAGAACUAACACGUGGAAUAAAUUAAUUUAAUACUAAGAAAUAUGUUGUGAAUAAAAUUAUUACUGCAAAAACUUGAUUUAUGAAAAUUUCGAAAAAUUCAUGUUGACAUAAUGUUCUUAAGUUUUCGAAUGUAUUUUGAAGGAAUAAUAUUAAUCCUUUUUAUUGAUUAGAAAAAAAUGCCUUAUGAAAUUU